AUGGCGGCCCUGAGGCACGGAUCAAGGAAGUUUUAUGAAAUUCCUAGUAGCGAGGAAUUCACGCAUUUAAGAAGCAAUGAUACACUUAAGAAGGAGAAAAAUGUCAAAGAACUCUUCAGGUAUAUCGAAGAAAGUUGUAUAGGAGAAGAUGUUACAUUUUGCGGGCCAUAUGGCCCUCGGAAAGGUAAGUUUGGCUGACCCUUAAUGUACUUUUAUUGGUAGUAAGAGAGGAUGCUGUAAGUGAUUUGGUCGUUGCGGUACCGUUUAAUUAAAUUUUUCGAUUUUAUUUUCAGUCACCUAUUGCGACUUCACGGCAUCUGGAAGGUAUGUUUUCAAACGUAUUCACUAUUGUUCAGCUGAAAUCUCACAGCAAACAACAAAAAUGAUUUUUUUAAAAAAAAAUUGGAGCACAUGCUUUAAAUUCUGUACUUUAACCUUGAAUUCUGUCUUAGACACAAGAUGGACACAUCCUUACCAAACGGGGAGGGGUGUGUUGGGCUCAAGAUUCUCUUUGAACGCUGGCUGUCAUCAGCGGCCCUGACCCAUCAUCUAGCCUCUUCAGUGCUGGCUGCUUAUAAGGGUCAUUACCUAGGGACCUUCUGAUGGGCACGUGGGGAAUUACUUGCACUGUACCUGUAGCAUUAAGUUGGGGCAGACUAUGUCUUAUCCUAGCCUGCAGUGCAGGCGUAUUUUGGGUGGGCGAAACCUUGUUCGUGUUCGUAAUAUUGUUGUAGCCGCUAUCUUUGAUUUUAUGACAGUGGAAGAUUGGGGAGAGUAGAAAUAGUAACCCUUACAGUAGGUGCGAGGGCAAAAGGUGACCAGGGCGUAAGAAGGAAAGGGGGGAGGGGGAGGGGAGAAAAAAAGGUGUUUUCUCUUCUCUCUCCCCGCUCCCUUUGACUCGCCCCAUCUCCUCCUCUCUUCGGGAAGUUUCAACAUGGCGCUUUCGCGAGCAAAUCCUCUCUCAAAGAAAACGCCUGCACUGCAGGCUAGUCUUAUCCUGGAGAAAUGGCUGGCUUUUGGGUAGCUAGAAUGAUGAUGUUAUUGUACCAUGUCUGGGAUAUAUCUUGUAAUGCCAACCCCAGCCACAGGAGACAAAAAUCUUGAAGUUCCGAACCUAGAGCUGGGAAAAGUAGUCAGAAGCAGGAAAAAGUCAUGAGAUGUCCCAAAAUUCCUAGUGGAAGGACUUCCAGUGGGGAUUUUGGGUAUUAAGAAAUUAUUUAUCAUUUAAAGCUGGAAUACUAAGCACCACAGUCAAUCUUCUUCGCUGCUGCUGACAUGAACGUGUUUGUUGAUGGCCAUCCUUGAAAUGAAAGAUUUAGGUUUAUUGUUAGAGUGAGUCUGUGUAUGUAGUGUCAGUAAGUCAUGACAGGUUAAAAGUUGGCAGCUCAGACAUUGGAUUGUGUGUCUUAUAGGGGGUGUCGACCGACAUAUUGGUUGAGUGUCGGUUGACACAUCAGUCAAUAUAUCGGCCGAGUGUCAGUUGGCUGUUGUUCAAGGGUCAGUUAAGUAGCGGUUGAGUAUCUGUCAACGUGUUGAUUGAGUGUCGGUUGAUUUAUGGCCGAUACUCGGCCCCUAUAACCUAUCGGUUGAUAGGCUCUCAAUAGUCAGUCAUUACUUUGUUGAUGGAUCACCAACGUAUCACCAACACUGGGUUGACACCUUGGUCGACUGUUCAUUUUCAGUUUAGGCCUCCUUUCAACUGUACCAAUGGUGAAGCUAUCAUUCAUUUGUUCCUCUUACUAGAUUGGUUUUGUUAGGCACAAAAAAAAGAAAUUUUCUCACAGAAAACUAUGGCUUUCUGUUGCGGACAAAGCAUGUAAGAAAAUUUGAGGUUGAAGAGUUGAGCAAGACCAGAAAGCCCGGGCCUGAAAGAUGGAAACUCACCUUUGCUAUGCCCAUUUUGGUCAAAUAUUACCCUACAAAACUGUCAUAAAAUAGCUUCUUUUUAGCACAAGACCAUAAUUUGGCCUUUUUUAGAUUGAGGGAAAGUUUGUUAGUUUGUAGAUUUGACAGUUUGCCCAUCUCCAAAUAUGACAUAUCUGUAAGAUAGUUUGGAUCUUUUUGUGACAUGAGUACGGUGGUAUUGUUGGCAAUACCUGAUGUAGGACUGGUAUGAUGUGGUAUGAAAAGCACGACAGAAGAGGUCAGUAAAAAAGUUGAACAGGCAGUGCCGAUGCUUAACCGAUACACCACCAAUACAUGUACAUUGCCGAUACUCUACUGACGGUACUCUGACACAUACUGCCGACAAUAUCGUGGCUGACUAUUGACCAACGGUUGACUGAUACAUCCACCGAUACUUGAUCGAUAUAAUUAUCCUCCGAUACUUGGCCGAUAUAUCAACUGAUAUGUCAACCGACACUCGCCCAAUACUCAACCAAUAUAUCAACCGACGUGACGGUUGACACCUCCUAUAAGACAAGACACAAGAUGCCAGACAUCUACCAAUCAAAUGUCACUGCUAGGCAUCUUCUUUAGAUUGAUUUUGCUAUCUAACUUGGAAAUGAACCAUUAUGGAUGCUCCAAAAAGUUUUCAGAGUGUGAUAUUUCCAGAAAGCAUGAGAAAUAAGUUGUCAACUCCUGAGAGUGUGAGCUAGGUAUGAAAUCAUGAAACCCUUAACAAAGUCAUGAGACUUGGCAAGUCUGACUAUACAUGUAGCACACACACUCACCUAUCCAGCAUACCCACAUAGGCAGAAAUGGUGUUUCUUAAGGCUGAUUUAGACAGUACGAUGUUUGCUUACGACUAUUGUGUGCGACGAGCAUGCAUCACGACUUCACGACAGAUUGUGUCGUGUAAAUUAGACCCACAACAUUCAUUUGACCCAUUGUGGACGUCGUACGUGUAAAUUGUGCGUGUGUGGAUGGUCGAAAGUCAUGACGUAUGCUAGUCGCACACAAUAGUUGUAAGCAAAAAUAAUACUGUCUAAAUCGGCCAUUAAUGUCACUGUUUCUGUAAAAGCAGCUCUAGUUACAGAUAGUAUUCUUGUAAAAAGUGAUUUGGCUAAUCAAUAUUUUCAUAAACUACUCUGUAGGUCAUUGACAUUUAUUGAAGAUUACAUAAGAGGGCAGGUUUUACCUCAUUAUGGCAACACACAUACUACAACAACUGUAACUUCACUACAGACAACUUUGUAUCGCCAUGAAGCAAGGUAAAAUUAAUUAGUGCCUCCACACUGUCUGUUGUUUUAUAUGAAUAACUGGACAGUUUGGUCAAUGUAUUUCCAAAGGCAAAUUAAACUACAUGUAUACAAUAAUUUUCUGCGGAGCAGAUUUGUCAUAUAACAUUAAAUGUGUGCCAUAAGUUUUGCAACCUUGUACAGUGUAAGAGAGUUUUAGAGGUUAUGAUGUUUCUCAGGAACAGCUUUAGAAACGUCAUAAGCUUUUUUUCCAGAUCAGGCAUUUUAAAAUUAACAAUGAGAUUUCUUGCAGAUUAAUCAAUUUGGGAUCAUAGAGCAAAUUCCCACCAUCACAUAAUAAUUUUUUAGAAUCAUGCCCUCUUUAUAGAGUAUGCUUCCUUAUGUUUAGGGACCCAAAACAGCAUGUUUUUCAGUAAUGAAAGGAGAUAGGCUUGCUUAGUAUUUUUAACAAAAAGAUGAUUUUGAUGAUUUAUCCUUGUGGGUUACACAAAUAUUGAUAGUACUCAGAUUCACAUACAUGUCAUGUAUAAUAUCACAUGAUGACUCAUGCAGAGUUCCCUCGGUGUAAAAAUGUUUCACUUAUGAUCAGACCAGAGUAUGUAUGUAUCAUGAAACAUUUGAUUGUUAUCUGAUUUGAUUAUUUGAAGGGAUAUCAUCAGAAAUGCAGUGAAUGCCAGUGAAAGUGACUCUGUGAUAUUUGUCGGUAGUGGAGUGACAGGAGCCAUUCAUAAGUUGAUUCAUGCACUGGACUUUAAAGAACCUCCUGUAAGUACUCAAUUUACAGCAUUGCCUUAUCACUUAUACUGAUUUUUAAAACGGGAAGACAUUCAACCUACACCAAUGCAAAGAUGUGUGGAAUUCAUUAGCUUGAUGUCGUCCUCAGAGACCCAGGGACAGAUAGUGGGGGUGAGGGAAAGUCUAAACGAGUGGGAAAAUAUGGCACAAAGAAAAGUAAAGAACGGCGAGAAGAGCCCCUGGGGACAAUGUCUUACCAGACCAGUUCCAAAUGGUCGCCGCCGUUCUGCCUUCUGAUUGGGCAGAAAAACACAGUUUUCUGGCACCAAUCAGAAGUCAGAACGGCAGCGACCAUUUGGAACUAGUCUGGUAAGACAUUGUCCCCAGGGGCUCUUCUCGCCGUUCUUUACUUUUCUUUGUGCCAUAUUUUCCCACCCGUUUAGACCUUCCCUUGCCCCCACUGUCUGCCCCUGGGUCUCCGAGGAUCAUUGGCUUGAUGUUGGACUCAUGCAAGUUUCCUUUCAUGCAAUGUACUUACAUUUACUUCUACAGUGUGCUUCUUGGCUAAAAAAAGUACUGGUAAUAAUUUAGUGAUGGCCACCCUGUUAGCUCAGUUGAAAAAGCACCACUUUACCAGACAAGAGGUUGCAGGUUCAAACCCUGGCCAUAUAUAUUACGCCAAUAUUUUUUUUGGUAAUUUCCAUGUUACUUCAUUUUUGACAGAAUUACAUGUAUUUCAGAGCUGCAAAUAACUUUUCGUUGUUGGAAUGACGUGCACACUGUAUGUGUUCUGGUUCAAUUUUAUCCCGGGAUCAAAUUUUAUUUCAAACUCAUUAUCAUAUAUUACCAUACCCCAAAACAAAGGGAAAUAUAAUUUAAACCAUGCAAGGACAAAAUUGAACAACAACAUAUGUGUCCAGCUAUUAAAGUCACCUUCUUGGUCAAUAAAGCAAAAAAUGUGGUCUGACUCAAUCAAGGGUGGAUGGGAAAAUUGUGCAUUGUAGACCCAGGAUUUGCAGAAAUGCUGAUAACUGCCAUGUAUUCACUGCAAUUAUGUUACUUUGUUGGUGCAACAAUGUCCUCAAGGUAGAAUUUUAUUCACCUGCAAUAUGAUAGUCUCUUAAUUUGUUGUGUUUGUUCAGACAUCACGUCUGACCACAGUGAAGAUUUCAUCAGAAAUGGGCAAGUUUUAGUCAAACAUUGUCUGAUGAAUAACCAACUUUAUUUGCAGCUCUGCAUUUAGAUAAGAGCUAGAGCAAACUUCAUUACCAUGAUUAUUUCUGGAAAUGUAAGGUAACAACAUUCUUCUCUUUGAUAAGGUGGUACUUGUGGGACCAUUUGAACACCAUUCAAAUCUUCUCCCCUGGAAGGAAUUAGGUGCUGAGGUAUGAAAAUAUAUUUUGGAAUACUUUAAUGACAAUUUUAAAUCCACUUUAAGUGGUUCUAAACCUUUUAUUAAUGGUAGGUUAUCUGGAUCAAGCAAGAUGCAAAAGGGUUAGUUGACCUCACAGAUUUGGAGUUUAAACUUAAGGUAUGCAACAUGGUAAAAAAAGUAAUCAUUAAUUGAGAUAAAUUCAACAACUUUCCUUUAUGAAUUUCAAUAAAAAAUGCUGUAGACAAGUAGCAAAGAACUUCAGUUUAAGAAAAAUAAAGACAGGUUUUUUUGAUAAUCAAUGAAAUAAACUUAAGUUAAGUACUCUUUAAUGCAUCCUCAUGCUUGAUUUUCACCUUGGUGGUGUGCAAAGCCCUACAGCACGGAACAUGUUACAGGUCAAAAUUAAUUUGAGGUUAAAAUUAUUGAACAUUUGUUGAUUCUCAGUUUUCUUUGUCUCUUAGCCCUAAUUAUUCAUGAAUAUUAGUGCUGGGACGGAAAGAAAAUUAAGAAUCAACCUAUGUUAAAUAGAUUUUAACCAGACUUUAAUUUUGACCUGUAACAUAAAUAUUGAUCAUCUUUUAAAUAAGCAUGACACAAAAAGGAAAUUUGAGGCCAUUGGUCCAGUUUUGAAGUGGGGAUUUGGCCUGUGAAAUUCUAGAUACUGCUGCUGGUAUUCUCCACUGAUUUGUGUGUAUACUACAUGGCUGCUAGGUUCAACUUUGUGUUUCUAUUUUAAACAUUUGAAGGGAUAUUUUUUCACACGAUACCAGUAUGACUCAUUCUGGAAUGAGUUCAUCUUAUCUCUGCAUAGGUGUAUUUCUCUGUAUUUGUUUAGAUGAUACCAAAACAACAUUUCAUUCCCCUACGAGUCAUUCUGGAAUGAGUUCAUUCCAAAAAUUGUGUACUCUGGGGAAAGUGGCGUAAGCGUAUCUGAUUUGGUGUGAAAACCAUCCAAGUGAGAACACCUUACAGGCUAAGCCAUUUGAUUUUAUCAUGUGAAUGCAGUACAAACGUCACUCUGGAAUGAAACUCAUGAAUAAAUUGUGGAAUGAAAGUCAUUCUGGUAUCAUUUUAAUGGCCCCUAAGUGCCACUUUGUCAAAUAUCAAAUUUUUCUUUUUGUUUUGUUCUAAUGCGUACCUAUUUGCCAGGAGAGUUAAACAUUUUAUAAGGGAUCAAAUUGAACCUGUUCAAUAAUAUAAUAACAACUGCAAAAUAAUAUAAAGCAAUAACCUAACGUUUUAGUUAUGUUUGAUUUUAGGCUAUGUCUUCGAAAGGCAAGCAGCUUAUUGGCUGUUUCUCAGCUGCAUCUAAUGUGACUGGUAUUCUAACAGACACCAAUGCUGUUACAGCUUGUCUGCACAGGCAUGGAGCCUUGGCUUUCUGGGACUAUGCCACUGCAGGUAAACAGUGAAAUGGUAAUUAGGGUGACUCCAUUAUGAAUUGAGCAAACAGCUGAUGAAGACAGUGGCAGAAAAAGGUGGCACAGGUGCUUAAAAAAAGUACAUUUCUUCGGUAAUUGGCUUCAUGCUGUUGCUGUUAUCCUGGAAAGAAUUGGCACAUUUAAACUAUUGAAUUCAUAACACAGUCUCUCUGACUCUGACUGGAUCACCCUGUUUGAAAUAAAUAUCACCAUAGUAAUAAGCAAUACUCUGCUUUGUGGCAGUGGUAUUUCCAAUAAUAUUGGACUAUUAAUAUGCUGAUUGCAGUGUACCCUCUAGCUCAUACAGACACUUCCAUAAUGCAGACUGGCCUCUCCAUUAUGGACAAUCCCUGCCUUUACUUAAAGACACCUCUGUAACUUGGGCAUGUCCUGUUGGUUAUUUAUGCCCAGUGGGGGUCCAUUUUAAGAUGUUUGACUGUAUUUCUUUUGUGUCUUACAUGACAUACAGCUCCAUACGUGGAAAUCAACAUGAAUCCAUUGGUAACCAGGUAAUCAGUUUUUUUUAAAAUACUAUUGGAGAGACCAAAAGUCAACAACUGUCAAACACUUAAUUUUGGUAAUUUUACAGAUAAUUUGAGAUUUUUGGCUUUUGAUAACGUUGAGUUUGACUCAGGAACCUUCUUUUUUGCUCACACCAUCAUGAACAAGCAUAAUGCACUCCACGCAAUGCUGGAAAUAAUAAUUUAUUCAGUUUUAAAAGCUGGUUGAAAUGAAAAUGUAGCCAAUAUUAUUUUGAUAUAUUCUUGAUAACUGAGCUUAAAUGUCAUCCAGCUAUGAUUAAUAAAUAAAUGUGGGAUGUUUUGUUUUAUGUAGUGAUGAUCAGGGAUUUGUGUACAAAGAUGCCAUUUUCAUUUCAACACACAAGUUAGUCGGUGGAGUUGAAACACCAGGUAAAGUAAAAUAUCAAGGACAAACUGUAAAUGAGGACAUUAUAGCACUCACCAUUCCCAUCAAAUAUUGAUUAUUUUUAAGUUAGACUGGUAACUGUUCCCUUAGAGGCUUUUGCAAUAAGUGCUGAGAUAUCUUAAUUGAUCAUCGGAAAUAAUCAGAUUGACCCACGUGAACAAUAAUAUUGAUUAUAGUCAGAAUAAUCUCCUUAAAAGAAUUCCCUUUAAGCCUCUGUACCAUGUUUUAGAACAUGACAAAACAUGGGAAAUGAUUGGCACACCACCAGCUGCAAUACCAGAACAAUCAAUAAAUUAGAAGAACCCAGACAAUUUUUACUACCUGUGAUGGCAGGCUGACAGUUAUUACAGUGUCAGUGUUUCUUCUUCUCACCAUUAAAGUAUCAGUAUAUACAUUGUAAGUAAAGAAAUUUAAGUUCUUAGGUUAAACCAUAAUUUCGUUUGUCUCCUAUGAAUAAUUAGGGCUAGAAAGCAAAGGAAAGUCUGAAUCAAAUGAGGUUGACCAGUGGUUAAUCCCAAGAAUGGAUUUUAACUACAACAUCUAUACAUCAUAAAUCUCAGUACCAUAAUUUUGUUUAAAAUAACUCUGAAAAUGAACAAUUUGUUUCCUUUUUCAGGGAUCCUCAUUGCCAAGAAAAGUUUGUUUAGGAACCCUGUUCCUUCAGGCUGCGGUGGAGGCUCUGUUUUUUUUGUAAGUAAAGAACAUUUUUGAAGGAGCUGUGCUGCUCAUUAUUCUCAACUUAGCUAUAAUAUAGAUAUGUGCUUGACUUUGGGAAGAAAAAACAGAGUAAACAUUGUUUGAACUACUAAGAACUGAAUUCACUGGCUCUACUACAUAAGCAACUUGGCCACUGUAGAACUGUCCCACCCUACCCCCUACCCCACUUCCCUGUUGUAUAUGACCAUUUUUUUUUUCGCAAUUUAAGGUGACAGAGAACUCUCAUAGAUACCUAAAGGAGAUUGAGAUGAGGGAGGAGGCUGGAACACCAGCUAUUGUGGGUGCCAUCAGAGCUGGACUGGUCUUUCAGUUGAAACAGGUACAGGAUAAAUAUUAAACAGUUUCACAUAAUUUCAGGGUCACCAUAGUUAGGACAUGUAGACAUGUGAUGUAAUGACAGGUGUAGAUUGGUCUAACUUGAGAGUCUGCUGACAAACUGAAAUGGUGUGACCAUUCAAGUAAAAGUUACUGAGAAGUAGCUAAUAAUAAAAGGACAAGAGCUGAGUACUGUCCGAGACUGCUUUUAACUAUGUUUGAGUCUGUGAAUGAAAUCUUAUUGUGUGACCAUUCAAAUGAAAACUCUCUGCAAUACUCUGUCUGUGGAUGAACUUAAGUGUGACCAUUCAAGUGAUACCUUAUUAUUGUUUAUGCUUCUGCAAAGUUAUUUGAUUUGUAUGAGAUCUUUUUGAUUUUCAAUUUUUUUUGACCGGCCUCUUCUUCUACGGUAUCACUGAGUAGUCCCUUGACCAGCAACAUUGUAGCAAUGAGUAUGGUGGGGUAGGUCAUGUGUACUGCAUUUUUUUUCUUCACUGAAAAAGUUAUUUUUAGUUUUAAAAAUGAUUUUAAACUUAAGGGGCCUUCUUUUCUCUCAGGAAAUAGGUUCAACUGCCAUCAUGACCAGAGAGGAAGAUUUAUGUAGGUUAGUAUGUACAUAUGCCAUUUUUCUUCUUUUCUUUGGUACUGAUAACCACAAAAUAUAAAAUAAUAUAAGUACAAGACCCAGUUUUGAAUUAAGCAGUUUUGUGAUUCGUCACACAUGCUGCCCGAUGUUGGAGAGGACUGCGUGACGAGCCGAAAGAACUCUACAUGGGAGGCUAUGUUGUGAUCGUGAUAAUUUAUGGAUUUUGGGUAUUCCUAAGCUGUUUUGAUGAUUAUGCAUUUUACAUUAUCACCUCAUUGUAAAGGCUUACUGGGUAUACUUUCACGUCAUUUUGGAGUGGUAGUUUUAAAUGAAUUGAUAGCAACAACGUCAGAAAGAAUUUUGUUUUUCAACAGGAGAGCCCUGUCAGCAUGGAACAACAGUGAGAAUCUUGUUCUCUUGGGGAAUCCAGCAGUGUCUCGCCUCCCGAUCUUCUCAUUUCUGAUCAGGCACCCAAUCUCAGGGUUGUUCUUACAUCACAACUUUGUAUGUGCCCUCCUGAAUGAUCUGUUCGGAAUACAGGCCCGUGGAGGCUGUGCAUGUGCUGGCCCCUAUGCACAGGUACUCUGAAAUUUCGUAUUAGCGUAUUCCUUAAGUUAAUUAUCCGCUGUAAACGGCUUUGCCUUUUACCCUUGUCAUAGAAUCUGUUGGGAAUUAACGAGGCACUAGCAAGAGAAAUUGAAAACCUCAUAUUGGAAGACAGGUUUGUGGCCUAUAGUGUUUGAUCAUUACAGUUUCUGAACUUACAAGUUCUACAGUCGUGAUUAUUGCUUCAAUUGUUUGUCUCGUGAUCUAUCAGAAGUUCACCUUCUUCAGGACCAAAUCAUUGCUUUCUUUUUGGUACUAGUAUAACUAUUCUGUACUUCUAAACCUUCACAGUUUCAUUUAGUUUAAUUAGUUCUGACAAUACUAUUUUUUAUAUUCCUUAUGAAAACAAUGAUGUUAAGAUUUUCCUCUUAAACAGUCGCUUAGACAGAGUUCACCUCCGACGAUACCAUGAAUAUUCUGAACGAGAAAUAUUGAGGUAAGUGUUUGAGACAAUUUUACAUCAUCAGUAUCAUCAUCAUCAUCAUCAUGAUUGUACGGAUUCCCAAGAGGGGUCCCCCACUUGAACACUAAGGAUCAUGUGACGUUGAACAAAGCACGUUUUCCAAUUUUGACAAGUCGUUUCCUUUCGUUUCUCGUGCAGUGGGCACGAACUCAGUUGACCUUAUUCUUAAUUUUGUGGAACUUCAUUUAGGGAUAAUUUCAUUACAGUCAUCAUCAUCGUUGUUAUCAUCGUCAACCUCAUCAUUGUCAUCAUCGUUGACAUCAUCAUCAUCGACAUCUUCAUCACCAACAAAACAUCAUCGUUGUGAUCUUCAUGUCUUCCCGCGCCAAAUCCAAUUAAUUGACGUUGAUCCUCAAAACGUACGGCUUCCUAAUUGCAAUUGGGUUUAUUAUGACUUUGAACUAACUAGAACAAAGUACACGUGUAAAUUUCGUGAAAUAAAUAUCAAUUCACAUGUUCUUCCCAGACCAGGUUUUGUGCGGCUUAAUUUGCCCUAUUUUAUGUCAGAUGAUUCUGUCGAGUUUGUUAUAAAAGCAGUGAAGAUGGUGGCAGAACAUGGCUGGAAACUUCUAUCACAGGUAAUUAAAUAUUUGUGUAAAAGGUCAGUUUUUAAUGGUAAGGGUCUCGGCCUGUCAUCAGGCUCUCUUGUGGUGGGUAGGACGAAGAGGAAGCUGGCAAAUUCUUGAAGACAGGGAAUAGGAAAGGGGCGGCGAAAGUAACGAUCGACUGAAAGUAACGAAAUGGGAGAGAAAAAUGAUCCCCAAAAGUAACCUUACAAGUUGAUUCCUGGUAAUUAAUCUUGAAAGUGACCCGGGUGAAGGUUUUUAACAUAUAUAGUGCAGGCUAGUGACAGACAGUACAAACAUUAACCACAAAGGACUGCAAAGGACCGCAAACGAAUAUGCCGGAGAACGUAGGACUCUUCCCCCGUGUAUAUUUUAGAUAUUUUUUGCUCAUUUCAUUCGUGUUUGUCCUCUUUAGUACAUGUUUAACCCUGAGACUGGAGAGUGGAAACACAGAAAACAUCAGGUGACAUGCACGCAAUUCUUUAAAGAUGCUUUUUCUUUGUGUGUUUGUUUUUGUUUCCCAUUUCUUAACAGUUAGACUGAACUUUUGUAAGCCGUUUGACUUGAUCCUUCUCCUAUUUUUGACAGCUAUUAGCCUUGCCUUCUUUUUUUUUAGGUAUUUCGUGACCGAAAGUGGCUUGGUUCAAUUACUUACUCAGAGGGUCACAUGACUUAUCCAUCAUCCCCCGCACGCGCGGAAGGAGCCCCGAGUUCACACACGGUAGGAAACUAGUCCCACAUGGGAUGAGUCGUAACGCGGUUUUCCUUGCUUUUGCAUCAUCACGCUUUAUGAUUGGCUAAAAAUCUCACGCCGCUGAGUUCUUAACCGAAGGAACCAAUCAUGUGUUGCUCGCACAUGUUUCCUGCCCUUGGUGCAUGCCACAGCCAUUUCCUUUUAAUUUCAAUUGGUUAAGUUCUCUGGGACUUUUUGGAUUAGUGAAAGAAUUUUUUUUCAUUCAAGUAAAGCCCUGUGAUUGAGACCGGACUCGAAAAAACGGCGAAAAUCGAGAGUGGUAAAACUGCGUUGCAACCACCAACCAACUUAAGAGGCUGUCCGCGUAAGAACCGAUAAGGCAAAUUUUGGUCUAUCACGGAUUGCCCUGAUUUUUCCAGUGGAAGAUAACUAUCCUGUCCCAUGAAGAAAUAUCACAUUUAUUUGGACCAACUCAAUUUUUUCUCUAUAUUACAAGAAGAUUUUCUCGGUCACCUAAAACUGGCCAGUUUGCCGUCGGAAGUGGUGCGAUUUUGGUGAAACUUUAGGGCUCUGUUAAACCUGCCUCACAAAGCCGAAUAAGCUGAUUAUUUUACACACAAAAGCUUUAACUCUGAUUAAUAGUUUCAAGGUUCAAUGGUUGCAUUCUGUGGAAAGUUGGCUGAGAUAUGAGUUUUUUAAAAUGACCUUUAAUUUGCUUAUCGGGAAAAGUAAUUUGCAUAACUAGAGCUGAACGGUAAUUUCGCAAAAGUGGCACCUGACCCAGACUCAAGUCUAUGAUAAAACAGAAGUACUAAGACCAGUCUACUUCUUCAUGCAAUAAAAUUUGUGGGCACUCUUCUUUGCGUGCGGUACAAAGUUCCGCUAAUGUUCCAAAAUUCGCCAUUUUGACAGCAAAGCUGGAAUUGUAACGGUCUGCAUCUGGUCGACUAAUUUCCACAGCUUUAACGUUUCUAGUUAUCACUGACUGUUAUUAGACCCUUUAAAUGUUUGACUUUCGAAAACAUGAGAAGAAAACUUGGUAAUAGCUUUUUCUUGUUUUUUUUUCUUGUCGACGAUGAAAAUGACUUCAUUCUCCGUAUGCAAAUUAGCCUUAGAUGCGUCGUUUCAACAAAUUGACAGGAAAUAUAAUACUUGUAUUUCACUUUUUUAAGGGAAAAAUAUCUCUUCUUUCCACGAAAAAACACGAACGAUGUAUGACUUAGAAUCCCCUUAGGUCUGUUUCUUUUACGAGGAAGAAGCAGCAGAAGAAGAUAUGUUUACGCGAAUUAAAAUAAUUUAAUUACUGUGGCUCGUCACGCAUUCCCCCAGAGUGACCGUGUAUCGAUCAGUUCUUUUAUCUUAUUAUAUCUUUUUUGAGGUGAUAGUUAUUGAUAAUCAUACAAUUUAAUCAUUGUUAAUUCCGAUUCUUUACUGGGUGGGAAAUACCGUGCUGUUGUAUUUAUUCAUUCUACGACCGUUUUAACUGAGACAGUACCACCCAGUCUGAUCACCGGGCGCCACUAGGAUAGGGUUUAAUAUGACGGCCCAUGGUGUAAUACACGACAAUUAGCCUAAAAGUAGUCACUUAGUAGAAAAAAGUAGUCUCCUUUUUCUUUCCCUGGAUUUGAAUGGUAUUUCAGAGUGACACAACUUAUUCUUUUUUUAGCAUUCCCCAGGGCUGUAGUUAGGUUUUUUGUAACGAGGGGCAUUAUCGCGAGAGCCGAAGGCACGAGCCUUGUAGGGGGUCUGGGGGUGUCCUCCCCCAGAAAAAUUUUCAAAUUUGGAGGCUCCGAAAUGCUAUUUUCAGCACUUGUCAUGAAAUAUGUCUCCGAAAAAUAGACCUCGACAGGAGCCCAUGACCUCGAAGAUGAAAAUGGCAAACAAUAGCAAAUCACUAUAAUCAAAAUAACUGAGUCUAAAGAAAACAAAUCCAUCCACAGACUUAAUUUGUCUGGCUCAAAAGGUCCAGGGGAGACAGCUGCCCUACGGCUCUCUGACCACUUUGAACUAACUAGGUUGAUCUUUCUUUGACAUACAGAUAGGUUGAAAGCUUCUGAUUGAUCAUGAGGGUGUUGUGGUCUCAAUUAUUCUUCAGCGAUUCCUGCAACAAGUUUUUGCCUUUCGAACACCUCGUCUUCUUGCAGCAGAUCUCUAUCGUCAAGUUCAAUGUAUAUUCAAGUUCAUUACAUUGGUUAUUUCGUCCAUUGCCUUAUUGUAAUUACACUUAGGACUAUGUUUAGGUGUUGACUCAAACGGGCCUAGAGUCCAACAUGGGAAUUGGAACGGGGGCGGGGGAACUCCCUACGAUGGCCCAUACGGGGAGGCUCCGGCUUCAGGUAUGUGAAAGGGUAGGCUUUCACUAGAUGAAGUAUAAAAAAGGGCGAGUGCGCUUAUUGCAGCCUUAGCAGCACCUUUGGCGGUACUUAAAGAAAAAAGAACUAAGUUUAAGAAUUUAAGGAAAAAGUAGCAGGACUUAAGUUUUCAGAAAUUAAUAUACAGAGGAGAAAUUUCACCCCUUUAAGUAUAAAUGCUUGUAAAAGUAGAGGUGGAAUCGGAGGGAGAGAGGGUGGAUGGUAAAGUAGGUUAAAAAUAGAGAGAUAGGAGGAGCACUUUGAUGGAGCACAUUGUUCAAGAGGGUAUAAAUACAAAAAAACGGCAAUCUGGAGGCAUUUUUUAAGACUUAAUGAAAAUGUUUUCAAAACAAGAAAAACAGAGAAACCUUGUCCGAUAAACCUCUCCGGCAAACGUGUGAACAUGGUUGCUGACUGUUCAAUCGUACUCUUCUCGACCCUUUGGCGUCAAGUUUUUUUACGUUUCUUGCCACAGGAGGAGCAAAUCGGCUAUAAAAAGUUGAACUGAACAUUCUGGUACUUUUAAGUCUCACUAAUUUUUACAAAACCAGAGACAUGUUUUAAACACUGUUUAAGUUAAAGAAAAUUGUUUUUAUUGCAAGAAUGAAAUACAUUUCACACGCGUCCCAAGGACAUUCCUCUUAGAAAAUGGCAGGGGCGGGAAAGCCCUAGGAACGAGGUUGAAUCCUGACUCCGUGUAGAAAGUUCUUUCUUUUUUCCCCAUUUAUAAUGCUCUUCAAACAAUCAUCAGAAAACUAUCUUUUACAACACACGGAUUAACCUCUAUGUAUAGUAUUUUAUAGGUAACAAUUGAUUAGAGCAAGAUACACGGCUGUCAAAAAAUAGAAAUAAAUAAACUAUCUUUGCAAGCGCAACUAAACUGGAAACGAACAUCAGAAAACAUCGCAAGAUAAAAUUUUAAAUGGAGAAAUAAUAAUAUCUCUGUACGUUUAGAAAUUUUUUGCAUGAAGAAGAAAAAAGAAUGAUACUUACGUGAUGGAGCAAAACUUUGACUUAUUUCCUGCCACAGUAGUUAUUUUGUCAGUAUGAUCCAGAGUGUGACCGGGGUAUUGACAAGACCUUAGGCUCGAUUUCCGCCGUCUCCCAAUCCCUUGGGGGCUCAUUUUCCAGCACAGUAGACCUUGGCGCUCGCAAAAACCUGCCAAGUAGGUGUCUGUGCCUUGGGCAGAUUGUCAUUUUAGCGUUAGCGUGUGUACACACCACCCCCAUGCACCCCCUCGGAGAAAGGGCCCCUUCUCCGAUUUUUCCCAAGGGGAGGUGGGGGGUUUGUACACAGGCUAUUUAGUGUCUGUGCCUUGGGCAUAUUGUCAUUUCAGUUCCGAAUACCUACCAAACCUCUACUCUCGCUAAAAUGAGUUCAUUCAGUCAUUGACUUUGCUACACUUAGACAAGUGACAGCUGGCUAAGUGCGACGUAAUAUCAUUCAUGCACUCUGCGACCAACACAUUUCCCUCCACACCCCUACUGGGACCACACUCUGUCUUGACGAUCUCGCGAAAAGAACAGCUUUUUUCACAAUUGAUCUCUUCGGCGAUUUCAUUGGCAUAAUUAUAUUUGAAACUGACACCUGUUGCAUUAUGAUUCAAUUAGAUUGAAACCAGAACAAGAUCAUCUUGGGAAUACGGAUGUUAUACCCUAACAAAAACUAAAAACUGAGAUAAUCCCUUUUGCGUGUAUUCACUGAAAAAAGAAACUAUUUUUCCCGUUUCAUUCUGCUACCGAUAAAUGCUUUAAAGAUCUUUGAAUGAAACUGAAAUUUACAGCUAAUUUGCCUUUUGCAAAGCUAUACAUGGAUUUAGAUAGAAAAAGUGUGGGGCAUUUUUUUUCAUCAUAGUGCCGUGUACAAACGUCUGUUUAGCAAAAAAGAGUGCCCACAAAUUUUAUUGUGGUGACAAGAGGACUUACCUUGCAAGUUAACUCUUAUUUUUAAUUAUUAUCAAUAACUACCAUUUAAAAAAAGAUGAAAAUAUAAUAAAAUUGAUCGAUUCAACGCUAUUGUUUUCUAAUCGACCGCCCCUUUUUAGGAAUGCGUGACAGGCCACAGUAAUUGAAUUAUUUUAAGCCACGCAAACAUAUGUCAUGAUAUAUUAUUCAGCUGUUUCUUCCUCGUUAAACAAAAAAAACCAGACCUUAAGGAGAUUCUAAGUGACGGUUUGUGUUUUUCUAUGGAAAGGAGAGUUAUUUUUCUCCUUAGAAAUGUGAAAUGUAAGGAUUAUGUUUCAUGUCAAGUUGUUGAAAAGACGCAUCUACGGCUAAUUUGCAUACGGAGAAUGAAGUCACGUUCAUCGUCGACAAGAAAAAAAACCAAGAAAAAGCGAUUACUAAGUUUUCUCCACAUGUUUUCGAAAGUCCAACAUUUAAAGGGUCUAAUGACAGUCAGUGAUAACUAGAAACGUUAAAGCUGUGGAAAUUAGUCGACCAGAUGCAGACCGUUACAAUUCCAGUUUUGCUGUCAAAAUGGCGAAUUUUGGAACAUUAACGGAACUUUGUACCGCACGCAAAGAGGAGUGCCCACAAAUUUUAUUGCAUUAAGAAGUAGACUGGUCUUAGUACUUCUGUUUUAUCAUAGACUUGAGUCUGGGUCAGGUGCCACUUUUGCGAAAUUACCGUUCAGCUCUAGUUAUGCAAAUUACUUUUCCCGAUAAGCAAAUUAAAGGUCAUUUUAAAAAACUCAUAUCUCAGCCAACUUUCCGAGGAAUGCAAGAAUUAAACCUUGAAACUAUUAAUCAGAGAUAAAACAUUUGUGUGUAAAAUAAUCAGCUUAUUCGGCUUUGUAAGGUAGGUUUGCAAGAGCCUUAAAGUUUCCUUAAAAUCGCACCACUUCCGACGGCAAACUGGCUAGUUUUAGGUGACCUAGAAAAUCUUUCUGUAAAAUAGAGAAAAACUUGAGUUGGUCCACAUAAAUGUGAUAUUUCUUCAUGGGAUAGGAUAGUUAUCUUCCACUGAAAAAAUCAGGGCAAUGCGUGAUAGACCAAAAUUUGCCUUAUCGGUUCUUACGCGGACAGCCUCUUAAAUUAGCAGUUCACAAUCAGCUUCUAUAAUGUUGCUUGAUUUUGAUGUUAAAAAAUGGCUGUUUAUCAGUGACCGUUGCUUAGUAUUUUAGGGACGAAAUAGUUACUGGGAAUAACAGUUAAGGCAAUUAACUACAUCGUGGCAUUGUAGUGGUUUUCUUUGUUCUCAUUACCCAUAUUUAUUUAUAAUUUAUUAAGAAUCAAGGGUUUGACUUUAGUGUCUUCUUUAACAUCUAGGAUUGCCUCAAAAAAGCUGAAGAAAUCCUACAGAAAGCGACCUUAAACAAGGUAAAGACUAUUUUUUUCGUUUUAAGCAUAAACAGAAUAACUCUAUGGUGUUCAAAAUUCCGUCCCGGCCUUAGUUCUGUUAUUUCCUGUUGUUGUGUUGUAUGAGUUAGUCAGUUCAAACUUUUGAUCAUUUGCAAGAAAGUUUUUAUCAAGAAGUACUGUACAAGGCAAUUAUCUGUGUUGUUGGUGACAACAAAUUUUCAGUCUACCCUAAGAAGUUUAUUUUCUUUCCUCAGGCUAUCAACAGUGUUUGUGAUCAAACGUUAUUUUUGGGCGAGGAAGGUGAAAAGCUACGCUGGUUUUUGCUUCCAAGUGAAGCGGCGCAGCUGCUCAACGGUAAACAACUUAAAGACUAUCCGGUAAAGGGGGCUUUUACUCCAUUACAAUGGAAGAAUGGCUUUUGUGUCCCGCAGGCCGCUCAUUUGACAGGGGCUCAUUAUAUGGAGUGUUCUGAUAGGAAUUCUGUAGCUCCCAUAGAAAAAUGUACUACACUGAGAGAAAACACAGAGGAAAGAGAUUUGAACGGAAUGACAAACUGUGGUUGUAUUGCAAAAAAUGCAAUUAGUAAAAACAUCGCGGAGAUUUCUAUUUCUAGUGGUGACAAAUGCAAAAAUGAUGCUGAAAGACUCAGAGAUUUGCCUGGCUCUGUGGAUUUAAAAGAAAAUCAAACCACUUUGGUAAGUGUUUGCAACAGAUCUUUGGAAGGCGCAGGGGAUAAACCUAGAUUUAACGCUGAAAACAUGGAUACAGAACUUGCAAGUGAAGAUUUGCUCUCACGUAAAAGGAAUCACGGAAAAGUUUUUGACGAAACAAGGAUACUUAACUUUCCUGAGCAAGGGGAAAAGACAAUCACAAGUGCUUUUGUGAGUGAGACAUCUUUGAAUGGACCGAAGAACGAUUGUGGUUCCCUUAUUGACAGUGAAACAAGUGAAAUAUCAAACAGUUUUGAGCAGAAAUUAAACCUAAACGCUUGUUCUUCGAGGGAAAGGAUAGUUCCUUCUUCCGAAGGCAGUGAGGCUAUAACGAUUUCAGAGGCUGUUUGUCGCCGAAAACCGAGAAAGAAGAAACAAAAUGAAGUGACCUCGGGUAAACCCAAGUUUCAUCAUCCUCCCAAGAGUAUUUUUAAACCAGCCACACAGGUAUGAAAACAAUUAUUAGAAAUAAUUCACGCGGCAGCUGUUUACUUUUUGCACCGAUAAUUUCUGAGCAUGUUCAAGGCUUUAAUUCUGUCGGGACAAGCGAAAAGGAGAGCGGGCAGGUGAAGAAACCGGCGGAAACUGGGAAGAGGGAGAGAACAGCGCGCUCGCUAUUCUCGUCCCCAGACCCUCCCGUCCCUCUUAGCCUGCGAGGUCUGAGAACGAGUUCCUGAUGCCAGACCUUGCUGACAAAGAGGAAGAGGAAGCUCUGGGAACGAGAAUAUUCGUUAGCUUUUCCUUUUGCUUGCCUCUUCAUCCCCACAAACAGAUAGCCUCGAACGGGCUAAUACGUUUUUACCAUCAGAAUUUAAUACUGUGUAAAAAAAUCUCAUAUUUCUCCGUUUUUUCAGUGCCUUUCGUUUUGCCUUUUCUCUCCUUCUGGCCAUAGCCCCGUUUUUUGAACUUCAUAGUUACCCUGGGUGUAAAAAUGCAUUGUAUGAGUUGUAUGAAGAGGCUGCAAAUUUCUUCGCCAAAAGUUUAGUUUCUUUAACGAAUAAAGAGGAAAGGGGAAAAAAGGAAAAAUCGUACAAUUUCGCUGUUUAACCGGCAGUUAACACUAGCAGCUCACACUGUAGUAAGCUUUUUUGGUUUCUCUUUAAUUUGCAGGCUUUAGAGGAGUACGAGAUGAUUCGCAAUGGAGACAGAGUGCUAGUGUGUCUGUCAGGAGGCAAGGACUCGCUUUCGUUACUUCACACUUUACAUCAAUAUCAGUUUUACAGCAAAUCUAAGGUAUGCUACCAUGAAACCUAGCCUGUCAUGAAUGAUCUGCUGGACAAAUCUGAGUUAGCGCGACCAAUGCAGGUGGCGGUUUUUUACUGCGCACAGACCGCUAUGUUGGCAGCGGAGGCAAUAAGAUACAACUGUUAACAGCCUAACUCAUGGUUAAGCCCGCCCAGUUUUGCAGUUCGUCGCGUUCAUCACCACUUCACCACAACCUAGUUCUCAGGCUCCUUCUUCUUUCCGUCCCUUGGGAACGAGGUUGUCACCACCCAGUCCCCACCCACUUUUAUUGCCUGUUUUCGAAUUCAGAGGAUAUUUGCAAACGUUUCUACCAUAAUUGAUUAACAUUGAACAGUAUAUGGUGAUACAAUUGGUGAUUAUUACAUCGAUUUUGUUUUCAUGGUAUGGCUUUUUUCUUAGGGCAUCAAUUUUGAACUUGGAGCCACCACUGUGGACCCUCAAUCCCCUGGAUAUGACCCCAAACCUCUGGUCCAGUAUUUAGCGGCCCUUGGUGUUCCUUACUUUUUUGAAGAGCAAGGUAUGUCGAGCUAUAAACCCUGUAAACAAAGUUAGUGCUUUCACCGUUUGUUCUUCCCAAUUCGAACCUUUGUAAACUCUUUUUGUAUUAAGAUAAAAAAAAAAACUGUGGCAGACGAACAGCCAUUUUACAUUUUGGUGUUCUGUACGUUGAAGUCUUUAAAAAUUUAGCAUUUUUCGUUUUUGAAAUCUCUUUUAUAAACUCGCGGUAGUCGUAGAUUAAUUUCGUCCAGUAAAAUAUUCAAAAAAUACAAAAAUUACAUUGAAGUUAACUUAAGGAAAAAACACAGAACUCAAAGUGAAGAAAAAAAACAGAAGAAACCAAACAGGUUCCUCCAUCUUGUGUACUUGCAAUUGUCCCCAUAAAACAGUAUAUCCUGUUUGAAAUUUUCUUCCGAACAGGAAUCAUACAGCAAGCAGCUCGGCUGACUGUUUGUGAGUCUAUAUGUAGUUUUUGUUCCCGGAUGAAGCGCGGACGCUUGUACGCAUGUGCAAGGCGCGAAGGAUACAACGUGCUCGCUAUGGGACAGCAUCUUGAUGAUCUGGCUGAAAGGUGAGCCGGAUAAAAAUUCUUUCCUGUUUUUGUUAACAGCCAGUGAUAUGUGGGGAUCCACCCUGUAUAACAUCCUCAGGCUCUGUCAGGAGUGGUGUCUGCGCCGCCAAAUGGUAACCUGUAUAUCACCAUCCCCUCCCCUAAAAACAAAAUCGAGGAGAGGGACACCGAUUUUGUUUGAGGGGAGGGGAGGAUGUAUACAGGCUACGAAUUGGUUAAAAUUAGUUGCUUGCCCUUUAGAGAAGUCUACGUUGAAAAGAGUAUAACCUGUCUUAUAUGCCACUUUCCCGCCCUUUUUACCCCUCCCUCUCUGGAUUACACCAACUCCCUCCCUGUAUAAAUGUCCCUAACAAAAUUAAAAUUGUUUUCUGUGCCAUAAGAGAGAUUAAGUACCGCCUUUACGGCAAUCGUGAAACGGCAGCAUGCAGAGUUAAGUUUUGUUCCGCAUGUUUUAUUUUUUUUUAUGAAUGUGAAAGCACAGCCAGCGACAAAAGAAAAACGGGUUUUCGCAAACCUGAUCCUUGAAAAUUUGUCCAUUUAUUUUCAGCUUUUUGAUGUCAGCAUUUCACAAUGGUCUGUUGCGAACAAUGAAAGCGAACUAUACCGUCUUGUAAGUAUAUAUAUGUAACAAACCUGUCAAUUAUUUGUUUCACAUUCUAAAUCCGGCCAUCAAAAAUCUUCGUGCACAAAAAACUGUUCAUGUUUUAAUCAGAUUUAGUUUUAAAGGUUACUACUUGUCUUGUUUUGCUCUUCCCUGAAAGUUACAUGAAGCGGUUUUAUUUAAUCACUCAUAUUUCCUUCGUUUUACUUGGUUUUAUUCUGUUAUGAACAUGUUAUUUUUUUUUUGAAUGCUUCACUGUAAACUCCGACUACAGAUUCAACGUUUGUUAAUUUUUUUUUGGAAAUAAAGCUAAUUAAUAAAUGUCUUUGCAUUUUAGGGAAUGUGAUUUGCGUGUUAUCAGGCCUUUAGUUUAUGUACGCGAGAAGGAAUUGAGAAGUUUUGCGGAAAAGGUAAUGUUGAAUUAUUUGUACACAUAAUUAGUACCUGACAAAGACCGAUGCCAGGCGAAAGUUUGUUCCCUUUUUCGGCAGACUUUCUUCAUUUUCCAGCCGGAAUGUUUAUUGCCACAAAACCAGAGUUCCCCGGAGCUAAGAAAUUAUUAGUAAAUAAUACAUGUAGAUAGGAUGUAGAUGUGAGAUAAUGUCAUAAUUUAUCGUGAAAAUUUGUGUUAUUUCAGGUCAAACUUCCUGUGAUUGCGGAGAACUGUCCUGCCUGUUUUGAAGCACCUAAGGUCAGUACUUUUGCAUUUGUUACCUUUUUGUUUGUUUUCAUGUUUAACUUUUGUUGUAUUUCUUUUUUUCAGGAGCGUCAUCGAACAAAGCAGCUUCUGGCGGCUCAGGAAAUAUUGUUUCCAGACCUCUAUCACAGCCUGCUCACGGCCAUGAAACCUUUGAUGGCUCGCGAUCGAGUGGGCCUGGAGUCUAGUAAGAUGAAAGAGGGAAACUAUGAUGAUUUCCUCUGACAAACAAAGUGCGGUCGCCUAAUCGAAAGAAAGACAUAGUAGAGAGACAUUUGCGUUUCUUAGACAGACUGUUGUUUUGUUGAAAAGCUUUCAAAUCAAGUUUUCUAUUAUAUUCACAAGCAGAGAACUCUUUGAAAAUCAGCCUCGUCCCCAUAUCCCGCGCGCGCUUCCUCGCGCUACCCCUUUUUUCUUGCGCCCAUUACUUCCAAGCGCCGGCUACGCUGGCUACGUCCCCAGGGUCGGGUCGGGAAGGGGCGGAAAGGAAAAGCCCUGGGGUCGAGGUUGUUCAAAAAUGACGAAAGCCAUUCCACUCGAAAGAACUUUUUAGUACCGCUGCACAAGAGAAUUAACUUAAUUUUAUAGUAGUGAGGAAGCUUUUGGGCCAUGAAUCUCCAAAUCAAUUUUAUUUGCGAU